AUAAAAGUAAAUGAAUAAAAUAAAUGAAUAAUUUUGCUUAAUCACAAGAUGUAAUACUAUCAGUAUGAAAAACAUACAGGCAUUUGAUGUAUCAUCGAUAUCAAAAACAUUAUUGUUUCAUAAUAAUAAAGUUAACAACAGCUGACUUACCAGCUGUUUACAAUUAUCAUUUUAUUGUUUAAUAUUUUAUGGUAAAUAUUUACAUUUUGUUUAUGAAUCAGCCAACAAAUCAACUUGCUGAUUAAUUAAUUAUCUAAUUUAUAAUUGUAGUUAUGAAAAAUGUCGUGUCAAAUGAAAAGUAUUGCUAACAUAAUUGAUCCUGGUGAUGUUAAAUUAAAACUACUUCAAGACACAAACAUAAAACUUGAUAAUGUGGCAAAAAAUGAACUGCCAUUGCAAGACUGUCUUGUGUCAUUGUCAUCUUGUGGUGAUGUUUUAGCAAUGGCACUACAUCAAAAUAUAAUAAUUUUAUCAUCAAAAUGGGAUAUACAAGAACCAGGUGAUGUUAAAAAUAAAUUUCACAUAACAUGGAAUGGUUUAUUAAUAAAUGAAACAUUACCAAAUGAAUUUAUAACAUCAAUAAUAUGUUUACCAUUAAUUGCACAAGGUAAAUCAUCAAUAAAUAAUUCACCAGAUUGGACUUGUAUUGUUGUUGGUUUUAGUACUGGUUUUAUAAGAUUUUACACUGAAAAUGGUUUACAAUUAUUAGAAGAACAAUUACAUAAUGAAAGUAUAAUAACAAUAAAAUGUCAAUCACAAACAACAACAAAAUAUUCACCAGAUUCAAUACAAAAUGAAGAAAUUCAUGUAUUAUUUAAUACAAUUGUUUGUAUAAUACAAGGUAAUCAAUUAUUUACAACAUUAAGAUCAUGUAGAAAUUAUUUAGCAAGAGUACAAGCAAAUUGUUGGCAAGAUAUUGAUGAUGAUAAACCAACAAUGACAAAUAUUAAUAUUAAAAAAUUAAAUUUUAAAGAUCAAGAUUAUGUCAAUGAUUGUCAAAUUGUUGGUACAACAUCAAUAAAUACAUUUGAUCAUUUAUUAACAGCAUCAUUAUGUGGUGGUUUUAAUGCAUCAUACAGAUCAAGUGCACCACAACAUAAUUUAAUAAUGGCAACUGGUAAACGUCCAUUUAUUGGUUUUCAUUAUGUAUUAGAAGGUGGACCAUCACCUGUAUUAUCUGAUGUUGCAAUUGCUGUUGCAAGUUCACUAGCAAAUGCUAUUGGUAAAAUUGGUUCAGCAGUACCAUGGUUUAGUCGAUCAAAAACAAAUCAAACAAGCCAAGAAAAAAAUAAAGGAUUAAUAAAUGAACCAGCUGAAUCAAUGACAUGUAGAUUUGGCUUGAGUGAUUUAACAAGAGAGGGUUAUACAAUUAUCAUGAGUCCAAAUAAAAUGUUAUCAGUUAUAACUGAUGCUAUGGGACGUGUUUUAUUAGUUAAUAACCGACGUGGUAUUGCUACAAGAAUGUGGAAAGGAUAUCGUGAUGCUCAGUGUGGAUGGAUACAAGCUGUUGAAGAAAAACAUCGUAUAAAAUUAAGUAAAAGUACUAAAAAUAAAUCAUUCUCACAAUUUAAUGAUGCAUCAUCAUCAUCAGCAUCGUCUUCCUCGUCAUCAUCAUCACAAGAACUUAGACGAGCACUUUUUCUUGCAAUUUAUGCACCUAAAAAAGGAAUUAUUGAUAUUUGGGGUAUUCAAGAUGGUGAAAAAAUAACAACAUUUACAGCUAGUAAAAAUGGUCGAUUAAUUUAUAUAAAUUAUGGUUUAUUUGGGCUAAAUGAUUGUACAACAAUAUCUGGUAAUCGUACAAAUAAUCCACAAUAUUCAUGUUUAUUUAUGGAUCCACUUGGUGGUUUUAAAGAAAUAACUGUACCAUUUCAUUUUGCAUUAAGUUCAACAAAUAGUACACGUGCACGUGAUGUACAUUUAUUUAAAAAAUUAAAAACAUUUAUAAAAGAUGAAGAAUUUGAUGAUGAAAAAUUAAUUCAACAAGUUACAAGUAUAUGUCAAGAACUUAAAACAAAUGAAAUACGUUUACAAAUAAUUGAAAUGUUAAUGACAAAUAGAUAUAUUAUACCUGAUGCAUUAUUAGCUGCUGUUAAUAUAUUUAUAAAUAUAUUAAUUCAAUAUGAUGAUAAUGAACUUGAAACAGCUGGUAAAACACUCUAUCAUAUUACAAUACAAUUACAAAAAAUUAUUGAAUUUUAUAAAUAUGUUAGAGUACAAUUUGAUAGACCACCAGAAUACAGUACAAUAGCAUCAUCAAGUAUACCAGAUACAAAAUAUUUAUCAUCAAUAUUAAUGACAUCAGAAACUGAAGUAUAUAGAAUAUUAGAAUUAUCAAAAAGUCUUUAUGAAUUUGAAGCAACAAAAUCAAAUAAUGUACAACGUGUUACAUUUAAAGAUGAUGAAAUAAUUGGUAAAAGUUUAUUUUUACAAUUUAUAUCAUCAUUUGAUUUUGGUAAUGAUAAUAUGAUUGGUAUUCAUAAAGAUAUUGAUGAUGAAAAAAAAUAUCAAAUAUCAUCAUUAAUUUAUCAAGGAUGGAUGUAUUCAAGUGAAUCAACAAAUGAUUGGGAAGAAGCUGCACAAUUAAGUAAUAUUAAACCAAAAACAAUGAUUGAAUUGGCACUUGUUUAUUGGCUUAAAAAAUUACCAGGUGCACCAUUAGAAAUUGAAUUAACAAGAUUAACACAGCUAUUAUAUGCAAUAUGUAAUCUUGGUGAUAUUGAAGAUAUGGCAUUUGAGUAUAAUAAAAUAUCAAAAUGGUGGAAUGAUGCUAGAAAUAUAUUAAUUUAUUCAACAAAACCAUUUCAAGCAUUGACUGCUGCACUUGCUUGUCGUGCUGUUGGUAUAACAUUACAAAUGAAUCGUGAUUAUGUUUAUGAUAAAAAUAUUAAAAUUGAUAAUAGCAAUGUUGAUGAUGAUGAUAGUGAUAAUGAUAAUCAAAAUACUAAUGUCGUUAAAAAAAAUGUUAAAGAUAAUAGAAAAAUAAAAGCUAGCAACGAAUCUAAUUUUAAUGAUAAUUUGCCAAAAACAUCAACAAGUGAAUGGGAAAAUGUUAGUAAAGAUACUUGUCAAUUUAGUAUAUUAAUUGGUAAUCUUGAAGAUAUAUCAUUGUUGAGUGUUGUGUUGGCUCAAGCACCACCAUUACUUGAUGAAUUUAUGUCAUUACCAUUUGAAAAACAAGAUAUUUCAUUUGGUAAUAUUAUUUCAAGAGGUAAAGGAUCAAUAUCAGAGAGUGUUGCUAAAUGGAUAUCAUCAUGUGGUAUUGAUCCAGCAAGACUUAUUGAUACAACAGACAUUGAAUUUCAACAAUCUGCAAAUAGCUCAAUAAAAUCACCUGAUACUUCACGUGAAGUAAGUGCUGAUACUUCUGAUAAAGAUACAACAAUACAAAAACAAGAUGAUGUUGAAAAUAUAGUAGUCAAAGAAUUUUCAAUUUAUGACAAUGAUAAUAGUGAUGAAAGUUCACCAGCAUUACUACAAAUUAUUGAUAAAAUAUCAUUAUUAAAACGUCAUUUUCCAUAUAGCCUAACGAGUAGUGUAUUGUUGGCAAAUUUAUGCUGGGAAUAUGUUGUUUUUUGGAGCAAAGAUGUUGGUAAAUUAGAAUCUCUUGAAGCAGCACUUGUUAUUUUACAAAAAAUACCAAUGAAAUCAAUGCGACAAGGUGUUUGUUGUCUUCUUUGGAAUAUUCAUAUUAAACAAAGACUCGAAGCAACUGGUAAAAUAAUGAAUAAAUUAGGAAAAUUACCAAAAGAAAGAUUAUGCAUGCAAGAUGUUGGUUUAACUGAUGUUCAAUUAAUUAUAUUUCUUAAACAUUGUGUUACAUUUCUUGAUAUAUUUAUUGAUGCUGAGGUACUUGCUGGUGAAGAAAUUGAUAUUAUUAAAACUGAAGAAUUUUGGGAAGGUCAUGGUACUGGUCCACAGGCAUUUUCAAUGCUAGCUAUAAGUCAAACACCGGCAUGGUAUGAUCUUGUUAUGUUACAUCUUCAAUUGGCAAAUGUUUUACAUAUGAUUGCUAGUUUUAAUUUAAAAUCAAUAAAACCAAUGACGAGUUUAUUUGAAUCAGUAACAAGUCGAUAUUUUUUUCAUGAUAUUACUGAUAAAGUUGUAUUAACUUGGUAUCAUGAUGAUCGAAGAGAUAACUUGCGUUUUGAAUUUUUAUGUCGUGUUAUAACAGCAUCAAUGGAAACAAUUAAACAACAAACAAAUGAAGAUAAUUCAUUGACAUUAACACAAGCAAUUAUGUGGAUGGGCAAGUGUCAAACACUAGCAUCAAUAUGGAAAAUUGAUCAUGAUAAAUUGAGAAUCCAUCAAGUUUGUCAGCUUUAUAUUAAUGGAUUUGAUAAAUUUGCUGAAGAGGUAUCAAGUGCUGUUAAUGACACAGAGUUACUUGGUGUUAAUCUUCUUCCAAUUGCUGGUCGACGAAUGAUGGCCUAUCUGUCAAAAACUCCAAAUCUUCUUGAGGAAAUAUCACGAAUGAGUCCAGCUCUUACUCAAUAUCUUGAAAAUUUAAAUGUCGAGGGUAUUAUAUUGACAAGUUGCUCCAAUAAUGAUACGAUUGAAAUUAUUCAAAAAAUAUCAAGAUAUUUAACAGAAUCACACAGUGAUUAUCACUAUGCACAGCUGAUGCUUGAUGCAACAUUUAUUUACGAGAGUACAAAAUGAUUCGAUAGAAAAUGUUGCAAGAAAAAUUAACUAAAUUCAUUAACAAAAAAAUAAUAUAAUAUAUAUUCAAUUUAAUGAAAGUAACUGUGAUAACAUAAUUUUUCGUAUGAAGUUUAUUUACAUAAACAUUUCAAGUUCAUAUUAUUAAAUAAAUUUUAUUAAUUAUUGUUAUAGAUAUUAAUAAUAUUUGUCAAUUUUAUCAAAAAUAUUUUCUUUUUUUUUCAAUUUUUUCAAAACUAUCGUAAAUUUAUUUUAUCAAUUUAUUAUAACUAACUGCUUAUCAUAAACAUUUUCUUGUCUUUUUUUUUAUUUUUUUUUGUACAUAGAGAUAUUGUUUUAUGUAUUUUAUUAUUCAUUCAAGUAUUGCAUUUAAUGCACUUUGUUAAUCUCCUACAAUUAAUCUAGUAUUUUAUUAUUUUUUUGGAGUAAUUACAGAGGAUUUAAAAUAAAUAAUUAUUAUUAAAUAUUAUCAUCAUUAUGCAAAGUAAAUAAAUAAUA